AUGGCGCCUAUCCAGAGGGCAGUGGAAGAUAUCUACCUCUAUGAUCCAGCACACGUCCCCGACACUGGCCGCAAUCUGCUCGCCCAAGUUCCUCCGGUAUACUCUUAUCCGGAAGCCUGGCAAGGUCUUCCUGGAUUUAUCUCACCGAAAGCAUGCAAGCACGAAUAUGUUCUGAAAGAAGACCAGACCUUCUUGGCUCAAGCUGAACAUCGGAAACGACCAGGGACGUCAUCCAAAAUUGCAGCCUAUUGCUCAGAAUGCCGCUGUCAUCUUCAAGUGGUGGUCAACUACACCAACGGCAUGAAUUCAUUUAAUCAAAACAAGGAAGACCAUAUCCAUCAUUUGAUCUACAAAUCGGGUAGACAGAAGAACGGUGUCUCAAUGCCAGAGAAGACAGAUAAAGGACAAGUCGCUGAGACGUUUCACUAUCAAUGUUCUUGCAUAUCAUGCUCAGCAAUGGUGUCUCUACGGAUACUUUCUCCAAUUCUCACACCAGAAUGGGUUCAUUUGUUGACCGAUCCUGAUUUACUACAUGAACGAGCUGAACAAGCCUUAGCAACAUAUCCCGAAUCAAUGGAAGGCAUGGGUGAUCCCAAACCGAUCAGUGUACUGGAUAAUUUACGACUUUACAUCAGCAACGCACUUCGAAAUGCUCAACGUGGGAAGCCUAUAUCAGCAGCUAACAAAAGAUUUAUGCACUCGUUUGGUGUGGAGGGUGCUCCCUGUAAAGAGUUACUAGAGUUCCUAGAGUUCACUUAUAACAAGGUUGGCAGCUAUCCCAAAUUCCAGGUCUCUCGCCAUAUUACGUCGCCGCUGACAGGUGAACAGGAAACUGGUGCCUGGACACCACCCCAACCAAACAUCAACGCCGAGAAACCCUACCAAGACCCGCUUUGCACCUUUCUCGACGACGUCGCGCAUGAACUUUUAUCAUUAAUUCAUCGCAGACCACCCGCAGAACAACGUGGCUCCCAAUUUCCCGCUCUUCCGCCAUCGGCGAUCACCCAGCUCUAUUCUGCCCUCGAGGCAUUGAACUAUUCGAAAGCUAUGCGCGUCGAGGAUUUUGAGAUGCCUUCUGCUCCAUGUUACGAGGACCUGGGUGUCGUCGAGGAUAUGGCUACUUGGCAGAUCCUCUGGGCAUUCGAGCGUCAAACCGCCGCUAACCCACGGAGAUACCCCCUCUUCCUUUCAGCUUUGAAGCAAAUUGCCAAACUUCGCGUUGCUUCCUCGGGGGGUGAAGACUGGGCAUUGAUUGAAACAACCGUCAAACGGGCUUACUCCGAAGGAAAAUACGCCGUUGAAGACCUCGACGAUGCUUAUCGAUUCUUUGGUCUCCGAUCGGAUGACUCGAACCUCACCGAUGAUAGCAUCAUUGGCAAGUUUUUCGCUUUCUUGAGCUCCACUAAGCGCGAAACAGAAGCGCGUCAGCAGCUUUGGCGUAUUGGCGAUAGCAGAGAUAGCGAGGCUAUCAUAUCGGCGUCUGAAAAUCGCGUUUCCACUGUAGAGCAAGCGAAUGUUUUCCUGGGCGUCGAAAAUGAGACACCCGAUGAUUUUGUUAUGACUAUGUACACGGCCAAGGUCAAUGACAACCCCUUGAACAAAGAACUGGCGAAUCGUGCAGUCGCUCUCAUCGCCGCCUCUCGUAAAUCGAUCGCGUUGAACCACUUCAUCAAUACUGGAGAGACACUUGCCUCUGAAAUGGACGUCGGUGAUGCCUAUCGUCUACUCCAAAUUCCCGAUCGCACUGCAGACGCGGGAGCUAUCAUUGCCGCAUACACUAUCUGUGUUGAUGAAAACCCAGGCGAGGCUGAGAGGUAUUAUCAAGCUAUGACCAUCAUUGCCGAUAAAACCAACAAUGAUGCCUUGCGAGGUAUGGCAGGUAUGAGCCUUCCACAGGCUAGCAACAUAUCGGAGUGGCCGGUCGGCUUGCAGAACAUUGGCAACACCUGCUAUCUGAACAGCCUUCUUCAGUACUACUUUUCAAUUCGACCUUUCCGCGAGAUGGUUUUGGACUGUGAGACAUACCAGAUGGACUUGAACGAUGAUGAAACCAUGGCGAAGAAGCAAGUUGGAUCUCGUAAAGUGAUGAAGAACGAGGUCGAACGAUCCCAGCGAUUCCUCAAUGAGCUACGGACUCUAUUCCAAAGCAUGAUCACUGCUUCUCGCAACUCGGUCACCCCCGGCCAGGAACUGGCCCGGUUGACUUUGAUCAGCCCCAGUAACGAGGCAGCCAUUCGUCGUCGUUCGACUAUCUCUGCUAGCAUAACCCAAAUCCUUGGCGAGAUCGAUGGCGCUCCCAUCCUUGGACCGCUUGGACCCCCUGCAUCCAUUCCAAUGAAUACGACUAGCCAAUCUGCGCCUAAUGCCGCUGGUCCUGCUCUUGUCACUAAUUCGAACGUGAGCGAUACGGGCGAUAUUGCUACUGACGUAACUAUGUUCCCGGAUAGUAACCCCGAUAUCCCAGUGGCCUCUAUUGAGGGUAAAGAAAACGAUCCUCCGCAAUUGGACCAAGCCAAUGUUGCACCCUGUGAAGAAAUGUCGCUUGAUCCACGCACCACUGUGCCUAACCAGCCAGGGCCAUCUAACAUACCACCUCCUGUCCCCCCUCGCCCUAUCCCAGAGAUUGACCGCGAGAAGCAAUUGAAAGAAGAGGUUGAGAUUGGCGCUCAACAGGAUGUGACUGAAGUCAUCAACAACGUUCUCUUCCAGAGUCAGUGCGCUAUCAAACCCAUUGGCAUUGGUGGCGAUGGCGAACAGCUUGACCAGAUCAAAGACCUGUUUUAUGGUCAAACCCGGUCUUAUAUCUCCGAGGAGAAAGGCACGCGUUCGAAGGAAGAGCGUUGGUGUGACAUUAAGGUCGACGUUGCUCAUGGAUCUCGUGAUAUUUAUGAUGCUAUCGAUGGAGCUUUUGAUGUCCAGAAAAUCAGCGUCGGAAACUCUGUGGCUGAACAAUUUGGAUCGAUCAGUCAAGUCCCACCGAUACUCCAGGUUCAGGUGCAGCGAGUUCAGUUUGAUUCCGUGAAGAAGAGCUCUUUCAAAUCGACCAAUCAUCUUGAAUUGCUCGAUACAAUCUACAUGGACCGAUACAUGGACUCGAAGAACCCCGAGUUCGUGAAGCGUCGAGCCCAGUCUUGGGAAUGGAAGGCUACUUUGAAGACUCUGGAGGCUCGCCGCGUGGAGAUGCUUAAGCAGUCGGAAUCCAAGGAUAGCAUUGAUAUGACAGAGCUUUUCAGCCAGACUAGUGAGGCGAUCGGCAGUCUGAGAGAAAGUGACUCGGAUAGCGGGCCUGAUUCGCUGGCGCAUAUGCUAAGCUCGGAGCUGUCAGACGACCUCAGCUUUAUUGCUGACUCGGCUCAGGCUGAGCUGCAAGCCAUUGACCAGCAGCUCAAGGACACCCGGGCCAUGAUCUCCACCCAGUUCGCCGAUUGGAAGAGCCUGCCAUACCGUUUGUAUGCCGUGUUCGUGCACCGUGGCUCGGUAUCGUUUGGACAUUACUGGAUCUACAUCUAUGACUUCAAAAAGGAAAUCUGGCGCAAGUACAACGACGAGUAUGUCACCGAGGUCUCGAACGUGAAGGAGAUUUUCGAGAACGACUCCACGACCAACCCUGCCACCCCAUACUUCCUGGUCUACGUCAACGACAAGAUCAAAGACCGCCUCGUCGACCCGCUUUGCCGCGACGUGACCGAAUCGAUGCCCGACUUGACCGAACAGGAAGUCCCCUUCAUGGAGGACACCCGGUCAGCCAGCCCCACUGACGUGGAUAUGGAACCCUCAUUCUACGACACUAGUGCCCCGCGUGGCACCCCAGACUCCACCGCCGUCGACGCGACCGCUGUCAAUCCCCUGAAGCGUAAGAGCGUGGACGCCGAAGCCAAAUCGCUCCCAUGA